AGCUCAUCAUUAGACACUUACCAACAAAUAGGGAAAACCGCAUUGAGGCUUUUAAUGGGAUGUUUGAUAUUUUUUGUAUUUAGCUCUCCAUAACAUUUAUUUAUCGCCAUGUAACAUCAAAGACGUGUACAUAAAUAAUAAUAAAAAAACUAUGUUUAUUACAGAUAAGGUUACUUAGACAUAGAAUGAAUGUUCUCUUCCAGUGUAAAUUAUAAUAUGCGAAUGAGGCGCACAUAUUUUUUAGGGUUUAGUUUUCUGAUAUGGAUCCUAAUCAUUUAUAUAACAGUUAAACGCCAUACACUAGUCGUAACCGAUACGACCGAAGAAGUGGAUAAAGGACUGAAGAAAUUGGAAAAUGGAAUACUCGAACAGUUUAAAAUUAACAAGAAUUUUAUUAGUACCUUACAUUCGAUUAUUGAGGCUAAAAAACAAGAUGUCUCUAAGGAAAACGAAGUUUCUACGAAAAGAGAAUUUAAAGGUACCGUUAUACCAGUCGUGGUAAUCGCAUGCAAUCGUGUCAGUGUUAAUCGGUGCUUAGAUCAACUUAUACAGUAUAGACCGAAUCCGGAUCAGUUUCCUAUUAUAGUUAGCCAGGAUUGCAACCACGCCGAAACGACAGAGGUAAUCGAACGUUACGGCUCGCAAGUGCUUCUUAUCAAACAACCCGAUCAGUCUGAAAUCGAUAUUCCGCCGAAAGAGAAGAAAUUUAAAGGCUACUUUAAAAUCGCCCGACACUACGGCUGGGCCUUGAAUCAAACGUUUUUUAAUUUUAAUUUUGACGUUGCCAUUAUCGUCGAAGACGAUUUAAAUGUGGCACCGGACUUUUUCGAAUAUUUCUCCGGGACGUACCCGUUGUUAUUGAAGGAUCCGAGUUUGUGGUGCAUUUCCGCUUGGAAUGACAAUGGAAAGGUUGGUCUUAUUAAUCAAGAUCGGCCGGAUUUGUUGUAUCGGAGUGACUUUUUCCCAGGUUUAGGCUGGAUGCUUACUAAAUCUCUCUGGGUGGAGUUGUGCAAUAAAUGGCCUAGAGCCUAUUGGGAUGACUGGAUUCGGUCUCCUGAGCAGAGGAAGGAUAGGGCGUGCAUUCGACCAGAAGUGUCACGAACUAGAACGUUUGGGAAGAUUGGUGUUUCCAAUGGGUUAUUCUUUGAGAAGCAUUUGAAGUACAUCAAAUUGAACGAAGUGUUUGUGCCUUUUACAAAAAUGAAUUUAAGUUACUUAAUGAAAGAUAUUUAUGAUAGUGAGUUUGUUAGAACUGUUUACCAAAGUGCUGUAGUGAGUUACCAAGAACUUAAAGAUAAUGCAAUUACGUAUGAUGGAAGUGUUAGAAUAAUAUACCACACCAGAGAUGUGUAUAAGCGAACCGCCAAAUUAUUAGGUCUAAUGGAUGACUUUAAGAGCGGUGUACCACGAACGGGUUAUAAAGGCAUUGUAACAUUUAAUUACAAGGGACGAACUGUAUACUUAACGCCGAGUUUGAAUUGGAAAGGGUACGAUCCAACGUGGAGUUAACACAAAUGGAAAUAGGAGUGAAAUGUGUUCCAAUAUUAUGAAGACAUAGCUAUGCUAUACAGUCUUAAUAAAAUUAAGAAUAUUUGAUAUAAGUAAUCUCUUCUAGUCAGAGUCAAAUGGGAAUAUUUAAGUUUGUUGCACUUUAUAAAUUGUUGCUGUUUAAAAAAAAUUGGUUUUUACCCAAAGUGACGCUGACUGGUCCAUGAAAUAAAAACUAUUUUUUGUUGUAUAUAACAAAUAGUAUACUAUUUACUUUAAAUUUAAGAAUCUCGAGGAGAUGUUUGUUUAGAUAUUUUAUUUUAUCCUAUACUACAAAUGUUAAAUUUCGGUUAGUAUUUUGUAAUAAAUCACCAAAAUGUGUAGGAUAAAAUAAAAUGUGUUAGACACACGUAAUAAUAACAUUACUUUUUUAUAUAAAUGUCAUUAUCAUAUACUGUGUUAUAUUGUAGUCUCAUUUUUUAUCUUCUGGAGGAUCAAUCUCAUAUUGUAGUCCGUUCAUGUAGCUCCGUCAUAGAAUGGGCAAGUCAACAAAGAAAUUACUCUACCUCAUUUCACCUCUUAUACCGUUGUCAAUUUUUCUACACUUGCUAUUGUGCGGCGCCUUUGGCUUGCUUGUUUGUAUAUCUUUAGGCGUUAUUGUCGUGACAGUUAGUAACUAUAUUUUAAGCGUCAUUUCCUUGGUAUGCAUUUAAUGUGUCGAGGCAAUAAUGUACUUAACUGACAAACACCAACCAUUUGUACGUGCAGUGGACGGAUUACAUGCAAAGUGCUUAAGCUCUGGUAUGUGCAAAUGCAUCUUUUUUAAAUCUCUUUGUCGAUUUAGUUUUUUGUCGAAUAAUCUUGUGAUAUUGUUAAAACUGUAAGUACCAAAAAAUCUUAUUUCUAUUUUUUUGUUGACAAUUAUAAGUGCUAGUUACUCAAAUAAUAAAUGCAGCAGUUUAUUUUAA